UGGUCAGCAAUCAUAAGUCAUCAACUUGGUCAAGCGUGUGUACGGCCCGUGUAGUUUAGUGCGCAAUAACAGAAUCUUUUGGAAAUAUCCUACAAAUCAGUAUACUCGAAUAUUUAUAAAUAUCAAAACAAAAAUGAAAAUCGCUAUUGUGUUCGCCGCAUUUUUCAUUGCCGUCGUCGUGGCUGUGCCCAUCGAUGAUCCAUCGCAGGCGCAAAUUUUGCGCUUGGAUUCGGAUGUGAAGCCUGAUGGUUACUCGUUCGCUUUGGAAACCAGCGAUGGUAAGACUCACAAUGAGGAAGGUCAAUUGAAAAACAUCGGCGCCGAGGAUGAGACAAUUGUUGUGCGCGGUUCAUAUUCAUUUGUCGCUGAUGAUGGCCAAACAUAUACCGUUAACUAUAUUGCCGAUGAGAAUGGCUUCCAGCCCGAAGGUGCUCAUUUACCCAAUGUGGGUAUUCACUAAAAAUCCUUUGAGUCCCCAAGGCAUAACGGAAGAGUUCAUAGAAUUGUCCACAGAAUUAGUAGCUAGAGAAAUCCAAGAGUUAUAUAUUUUUGUACGGGUAUUUUACAUGUAGUCAUAGAAGAAAUAAUAUAAGUAUUAGAAAGUCAAACGCAACAGUAUGAAAUAUACAAAAAAGCUAAACAAAA